ACCGUGUUCCAUAUCCCACUCACUCAAACAUAAACACGCGGCAGCAGAGGUACCGGGAGCCGGGGAGGGAGAUUGUCCCUUGAUCCUGUCGCUCUUUCCCUUCCCUCUCUUUUUCUCUACUUCCUUCUUCAUGCUCUUCCGCUCCCAUCCUUGUCUUGACUCCCAUCCGCUCCUGUCCAACGUCGACUUAUCAUACGCCCAAGUUUGGAUUUUUUAUCAGAUCGACUGUACACACAUAUCACAUAUCAUACGCCUUACCCCUGACAGCCAGUAUCCACAAUGGCGCUUACGGUGCAGACCCCGCUGUUCUCCUUCAUCUCGGACCAGUCCCUGGCCCUCCUGCUGCCGAUCAUCGUCUACUGGACCUAUUCACUCCUUUUUCAUUGGGUGUCUGUCCAAGAGUUCCCUUGGUUUGAGAAAUACCGUAUCCAUACCAAGGAGGAAGAGACUAGGAACAGGGUCUCGCUACCAGAGGUCAUCAAGGCUGUUGUUAUUCAACAGCUUCUUCAGACUGCGCUGGGAUUCAUUGUCGUGCUUGCAGACGACUCGGACGUAGUCUUUGACGACGAGUUCAGUCUAGCCAGAUACCAGACAUGGAUCACUUCGCUCCUUUCCUUGGCCGGACUACAAUCUCUCGUCUCUCUUUCGAUUAUCAAAACGACCGCUCAGGUCUUCUACUACUGCCUCGAACCCCUUGGACGCUUCACAGUCGCGAUGACUGUGCUCGACACCUGGCAGUACUUUCUUCAUCGGCUCUUUCACGUUGUACCCUUCCUCUACCGACACUUCCACUCACGUCAUCAUCGACUCUAUGUGACCUACGCCUUCGGAGCACUUUAUAAUCAUCCAUUCGAGGGCUUUCUGAUGGACAGCGUCGGUGCUAGUCUGGCGUUCUUGGUCUCGGGAAUGGGGAAUCGUGGAGCGUUCGCGUUUUUUUCGUUCUCGACUCUGAAGACACUGGAUGAUCAUUGUGGGUACAGUCUGCCAUUUAACCCGCUGCAGAAAGUCUUUAGUAACAAUGCAGACUACCAUGAUAUUCACCACCAACAUUAUGGGAUCAAAAACAACUAUUCACAACCGUUUGGUACAAUGUGGGACCACAUUUUUGGCACACACAUGUCGCGCGAGGAAGCCAACGAGAUUGUUCGAAAGAAGCGGGAGCGCAAGGCCGCAGCUCGGGAUUUCAAUUCCAAGGCUACUCCAGCUACGCUUUCCAAGAGCUCCAUCGCCAGCUCAACUCGCACCAGGGACGAGGAUGUUCAUAGCAGUGGGAACAAUAGCGGGAACGACAGUUUUGAGGAGGAUGAGGUCGAUAUGCAGCUAGAGUCGCGAGAGAGCAGGGGUGUCUAUCUUGACAAUAGGGUCAGAGGUAGAACUGAGUUGCGUGAGCGGCUCUUAACGCGUGCUCAAGCCGAUAAUGGGUUUGUCUCGGGCAAGGGACAGGGCGGGGCACUCUGAUCAAUGCGACAGCAUAUCCCAUGCUCUGUACGUACUAUACAAUUACUCUACAAAUCUACAAAUAAAAUUAAUAUGAUGCAUGUUGUGCUAUG